UGCUCAGCCCUGUGGCAGCGCUGAGCUCCAGGGAAGCGCUCCGGUGAGAUGCCCGGGGACAUGCCUGUGGCUCUCCUGCCGCCGGGGCUGUGAGCGGGGCUGCUGCUCGGGGCUUCGGCUGUUGCCUUUCGCCGUGUGCCGCUGUGACUCUCUGCCGUCCCGUCCCAUGGAGCUGGAGAGGCAGUGGUGGAAAGGACAGCUGGCUGCCGACAUCCACCAAGCGCUUCGCUACAAGGAGCUGAAGCUUCCCUCCUACAAAGGCCAGUCUCCCCAGUUAAAUCUGAGAAGAUAUUUUGCAGACCUGAUUGCCAUUGUGAGCAAUCGUUUCAGACUCUGUCCUGCUGCGCGACAUCUUGCUGUCUAUCUGCUGGACCUCUUCAUGGACCGCUAUGAUAUAUCCAUUCAGCAGCUACAUGUGGUUGCUCUUUCCUGUUUACUUUUAGCAAGUAAAUUUGAAGAAAAGGAAGACAGUGUCCCUAAGCUUGAACAAUUGAACAGCUUGGGUUGUAUGACUAACAUGAAUCUGGUAUUAACAAAACAGAACUUGCUACACAUGGAGCUGUUGUUGCUAGAAACAUUUCAGUGGAACUUGUGCCUCCCAACUGCUGCUCACUUCAUUGAAUACUACCUUUCAAUUGCCGUCCAUGAGACAGAUCUCCACGAUGGCUGGCCAAUGGUUUCCUUAGAGAAGACCAAGUUGUACAUGGCAAAAUAUGCGGAUUACUUUCUGGAAGUAUCUCUGCAAGAUCAUGCAUUUUUAAAUUAUGCCCCUUCGUUAGUGGCUACUGCAUGUGUGGCUUCUUCAAGGAUUAUCCUACGUCUCUCUCCAACAUGGCCAACUCGACUGCAUCGUCUUACUGCAUACUCCUGGGACUUCCUGGUUCCGUGUAUUGAACGACUGUUAAUUGCUCAUGAUAAUGAUGUAAAAGAAGCAAACAAGCAAAAAGGACAACAUGCCCAGCCUGCCCAACACAGUGCGUUUCCCACCCAGACUCCAACUCCACAGCAGGCUCAUGUUCAACAACAUGUAUCACAGUAUCUCCAGGCGCAUCAAGCUCCAUUACAGUAUCACCAUCAAACCUCACAACAGCAAAACUGUCAGCAGAUGGUGUCAACUAGUCACACGUCCUCUUACCCACUGCAGACUUGCCCUGCUGGCUUACAAUCCAGCGUUCAGGCUCGAGGUCACAUACAGACUGGUGCUAGUAUGUCACUAGCAGUUCCAAUAGAAGUGAAGCCAUGUAUAAGUGUCUCGUACAACCGGAGUUACCAGAUCAAUGGACGGUAUCCUUGUAUUACUCCCUGCUUUGAGAGGUGAUGAAUACAAAUUUAGAUACCCUAAUUUUUGUCAAACCUCAAAUAAGUUUGAGGGCAACAUUCUAAAUAAAAGUAGCACUCUUUCCAGAAGGAAAACCGCUGGAUUGGCAACCGAUUAGCUCAAGUACAGAAUCUCCAAAGAAUGAGCAUGUAGUAUGUUUUCAAAAAGGAAUGUGUGCGUGGCAGUCAUGUGCUAAUACUUUUGACGCUUCAGUGCACUGUGUGCUCUAACAGCCACCUUUGAAAUACAGGUCAAGAGAAAAAUGGCUGUGGACUGGCUAGAGGCAUAUCUUUUAAUGAAGGAGAUAUACAGUAUUACUUUGAAGAGGCCGUAUUUAUGCAAUACUUCCAUAUAGUACUGAAUAAGAUUUACUUUUGGUAAAUUGAAACAUAAGAAUCCACUGAGCAAUGGUGGGCUUCCCCAGAAACACUGGGGCCACGUAGAGAGAAACAAACUUUCACUGACUAAAUCAGUAAUGCAAUUA